CGCUGGUUUGAGUCCAGUCCAGCUCGCCUGCAUUCCUCCUCUUUCUAAAGCCUGACCGAUAGAGACAGAGAAAGAAAGGGGGGAGAAAACACCGAUUAUUAUUCUCAACCGUGUUAGAUUUUCUGGAACCACGGAGUCGACACACACCGGACACACCGACCAGACCGGGCCACGCAAAAAUACCCACAGCAAGCUUGCUCCGUUUGGACCUAGCUUAACGACGAAAAGGCGUGUUUUUAUUGAAUAAUGACCCGCUAAUGUGCCUGUGUAGGUCAGCUAGCGAAAAGCAGCUUUGGUGAAACAGCCUCUCCACGGCGGAUAUCUCCUCUUUUUUUUUUUUAAAUGAGGAUUUGCAAGAUGGCUGAUGACAGCUACCCCUAACAAGGACAGAAACGCGACGGCCCCUUUAAAAUUAGGAGGGUAUAUUUUUGUAUUUUCUAUUAGUUAAAUAUAUCAAAUAGGGCUGCUUUAAAAACAAGAAUGACCAUAGUUUAUAUCAACCUUGUAUCUUUGUUGCUAGUGUUUAUCUGUACCUGUGCUAUGGUGAGGUGACGUCUGAAGCAAUUUACACGAUUUAAUCCAGAUAAGGAAGUAGGAAAAUUAUGUUGUUGGCUAAAGGCUGAGAUUGGUGAAUCAGGUGAGAGCAACGUGAACAGAUACAAUAAUAAUAUAGAUCUCGGUGUGAGGAGAUUUGUGAUAGAUGUGUCGGAGGGGGGAACCAAAAGGCUUCUGCAACAGCAGCCAACAUUCCUGCGGAUCCUUAAAACCCUUUGUUUUGUGCGCAGGAGCUGGACUCGACUAUUAAAACGAUUAACUAUGCAGUAAACAGGCUCGAAAUGAUGGCCCGGGUAUGAUUUUCAGUUUAAUGAGAUUAUAAGGCCUUUGUUGUCGACAGAAACCUGGUAGAAAAAGCCGAGGCCUUGUGUACAGAUAUGCGAGCGGUGCCACAUAGCAGGCGGUGUUCAUCAGAUAGAAAUGUCGCUUUUAUGUUAAAUUGAAGGGCUGGAGGUAGCUGUGUUGUCCAUCUGACUUUGGGAAACACUAUUUCUUUCUACUGCCAAACCGUUGCUGGGUGUAUGUAUAAUUAACUUGCAGGUGGAGGCUCCUUUGGAUACUUAUUUAUGAUUCAGCGGACAAAAGCAUUGCGCUGCGUUGUGAUUAUUGACGGAUUCAAGCGUCCUUGAGGUUUAGAUAAAAACAGAUUCAGGUUUUUUUUUAAGCCAUUUUUUGUGUGGUUAGUAAUCAGGGUGUGGACUGGACUGUAAUAUUCCCUUUCCGUGGUUUUCAUGCUUCGAUUGUUGGUCUGAAUUGGUCCACAGUCAAUCAUAAUCCGACGUUAACGUAAAGGGAGCUCAAGGUAAGGGCCUGAGCAGGCAGCAGAAAAAAAGGAUCAAGUGUCUUUUCAUGUGCUACAUAGAGAUUGAUUAACCUCAUGAUCAUAUGAGUAGUUGUGAUGUUUAAUAAUUAGAUAUUUAGUGCUCUGUGCCUUGUUUGCUUUUUUACCUGUAGCUGACAGGCUUUGUAGCUUCCUGUAGGCCUAUGAACAGACUCAGAAGCUGUAAAGGCAGGCCUCUAUGUUUGUGUGUGAUUUAGAGGAAAGGAAAGCACCGUUUACUGUAAUCUGUAUAACGUCAGCCCCUGCUGUGUGUGUUGAAAUCACCAAGGUGUUGUCAUCCUUUGCCUGAAGCCUUCUCUGGUCAAUUAUUCUGGAAUUUGCCUUCAUGCUGCAGCAAUAAGCAAUACUCGUCACCUGUCAGGGAGUUUAAUUUGGUCACAAGGGUUGAAAUAUACAGACUGAUUUCAGGACGGCAUAUUUUUGUAUCCUAAUUUUUUCUCAAGUCGUUUUUUUUAGAGGUUUUUCUGCGAGGACAGAAAGGCCUAGAGGUUUUGUACAAGUGGGAACAUAUAGUGUAUGCCUGUCCACACCAUGAUGUCCUCUGACAUGGCUGAGACGUGGAGGAACUGUUUUGAGGAGGAGCUCAUCUGCCCCAUCUGCCUGCACGUGUUCUCAGAUCCCAUCCAGCUGCCCUGCAAGCACAACUUCUGCCGGGGCUGCAUCAGCGAGGCCUGGGCCAAAGACUCCACGCUGGCCCGCUGCCCCGAGUGCAAUCAUGCUUACACUCAGAAGCCCAGCCUGGAGAAGAACCACAAACUGUCCAACAUAGUGGAGAAGUACAACGCCCUGAGCGUGGAGAAGGCCGCCACGCCUGCGCUGCAGUGCAUCCUGUGUCGUCGAGGCCCGCCACUCCCCGCAGUGAAGGUGUGCCUGCGCUGCAACGCCCCCUGCUGCCAGUCCCACGUCCAGACUCACCUGCAGCAGCCAUGCUCAGCCCUCGGGCACCUGCUGGUGGAGGCAGAGGCGGUGAAGGCCUGGACCUGCCUGCAGCACGACGAGUACAGACUGUACCACUGCGAGGCCGAGCAGACGGCCGUGUGCCAGUACUGCUGCUUCGCCCGCUGCCACCCCAGCCACGGCCACGCCGUCACUGACGUGGAGCUGCGACGCAACGACAUCAGACAAAGCCUGCUCAGACAGCAGGAGCGUGUGGAGGAGCGGGUGCAGGAGAUCGAAGAGCAGCUCUGCAAACUCGACUCUGACAAGAUUGUGGUGGAGGACAGGGUGUGUGAGCUGAAGGAGGAGGUGCGUCUGCAGUACCAGCGGAUGCACCAGCUCCUGGAGGAGGAUCUCGGUCGGACACUGGAGGCCCUGGACCGGGCUCAGGCUCGGUUCUGCCAGGAGAACGCUGCCCAGGUGUUAGCUCUGGGCGAGCAGCGCCACGAGGCCCAGAAGCUGCUGAGCUCCAUCCACACGGCCUUCAGCAAGGCGGAGGAACUGAGCUUCAUGAAAAACACCAAGCCUGUUAAAAUCCUCACAGACAGGUCUCAGUCAUGUGUGGGCAGCAGCCUCCCUCCUUACAAAGUGGGGAAUGUAAACACUAAACUCUUUCUCUCUGAAAUCGCAAAAAGAGAGAAGAGCCUGAAGAGAACGCUGGAAGCUCCCCUCACCCCUCCCUCCACCUUCCUGCAGACUGUUCCUGCGUACCCCAGCGGUCAGAGCUCGGGCUCUGGAGCGGAGAAACGGAAACAUUCCACCGCCUUCCCAGAGGGAAACGGGAACGUCGGAAAAAGUGCAGCUCCAGGUUUCAAGGACUCCUCUUCCUCCACUUCUUCCUCAUCGUUAGCCAAGCAGCCCUACCUGGGCUCCGGCUCUGCCUCCGGAGAGGGUCAGUCCACCAAUCAGCAGCUGCUCGGCCCCUGCGGACCUCCUCACAUCAACGAGGGCGGUGGGACAGGAAGUGCAAGCGGCUCUCUGACCAACCAUCAUUCAGGCUCUGUGUUUAGCUCCUCCCACUUCCCCCCCGGAGGCAGCAGCUCCUCCCACUCCUCCCAGCAGGCCGUGCUGCCUCAAUAUGGCGGCCGUAAGAUCCUGGUGUGCACGAUGGAUAACUGCUACUGCUCCGGAGUGCCCUCGGUGUCAGGCCACCGCAGCCAUCCCCCGUACCCCCGCUCUGGCUCCUUCCCCUGGGUCAGCGCCCAGGACUACCCCCCUCCCCCCGGCCUGGCCUCCGGGGGCCCAUCCAUGCAGGGCCUGGCAGUGAGGGACUGGAUAGACGCCUCGCAGACGCACAGACAUGCAGAUUUUUAUGGGCUGUAUGGGCAGCCCACUACAAAGCACUAUGUCACAAGUUAACAGAGUAGACAUACACACACACACACUUGGAUAUAAAGACAGGCACCAAAUAGCACACCUACCGUCUUAUUAACCAGAAGAAAAAAAACAAGUCAUACUAUACACACACUUAAAUAUUAAGAUUUAUAUA